AUGAACGAGACGUCCUCGCGAUCGCACGCCGUCUUCACCCUGACCCUUACCCAGAAACGCCACGAUGUUACAACCAGCAUGAGCGGAGAGCGGGUAGCCAAAAUCAGUCUGGUCGAUUUGGCCGGUUCAGAAAGAGCACAGUCCACGGGAGCAACUGGUGCGCGGCUGAAGGAAGGAGCUGAAAUUAACAGGUCGCUGUCUACCCUAGGACGUGUCAUUGCAUCGCUAGCCGACAUGUCGAGUGGGAAGAAGAGGACCCAAGUGCCUUACCGAGACUCCAUCUUGACCUGGCUGUUGAAGGACUCCCUUGGUGGCAACAGUAUGACUGCUAUGAUUGCUGCCAUUUCCCCAGCCGACAUCAACUUCGAGGAGACUUUAUCAACCCUAAGAUAUGCCGAUUCAGCCAAGCGCAUCAAGAACCACGCGGUCGUCAACGAGGAUCCAAACGCGCGUAUGAUCAGAGAACUCCAGGAAGAACUCGCAAAGCUUCGCGGACAGCUCACUGGAGGCGGUUCAGGUGGCAGUGGUGCCACAAUGGAAGAGCAAUAUGCGCCUGAUACACCUUUGGACAAACAAAUUGUGUCCAUUACACAGGAAGAUGGAACAGUGAAGAAGGUUUCAAAAGCCGAGAUUGCAGAGCAGCUCAACCAGUCGGAGAAGCUUUAUAAGGACCUCAAUCAGACAUGGGAGGAGAAGCUGUUGAAGACCGAGGAGAUUCACAAGGAACGUGAGGCUGCUUUGGAAGAGCUCGGCAUCAGCAUCGAGAAGGGCUUCGUUGGGCUGUCAACACCAAAGAACAUGCCACAUUUGGUCAAUCUGAGUGACGAUCCCCUCUUGACCGAAUGUUUGGUAUACAACUUGAAACCAGGAAUGACCACAGUGGGCAACUCCGACAUUGAGGGCCAGACUGCGCAGAUACGCUUGAACGGCUCUCAGAUUCUAGCACAGCACUGCGACUUCGAGAACGUGGACGGAAAAGUGACUGUGAUACCCAAGGAGACUGCAAGCGUCAUGGUCAACGGGAUCCGAAUCACUAAGCCGCGACUUCUCAAAAGCGGUCACCGGAUUAUCCUGGGCGACUUCCAUAUCUUCCGAUUCAACAAUCCGCAAGAGGCAAGGGCUGAGCGCGCCGAAGUAAACAACGACGACGAUAUGGAUUCGACUUCUUCCUACCGUGAAAAGUAUGCGUCAGGGGGUACUCUUGACAAUUUUUCGCUUGACACGGCUCUGACCAUGCCUUCUACGCCGCAACACGAGGGCAGUGAGAAGAUGCAAGAGAUGCGCAAUGACAUGCAAGAGAGGAUCGAUCAACAAAAGGGUGACUACCACGCCAAACUCAAAUCCGACGCAGAAGCCAAAGUAGAGCUCGAGGAAUUACGUGCUGCAAAGUUGGAGAUGGAAAAGCAUAUGCUGGAACAGAAAGAGACUUACGAGCGACAGCUGAAGGAGCUUGGCCACGAAUCUGCAACCGAAGCAAGUGAAACACCAGCGACAGAGGAGCAAAACGACAAGCGAUUGGAACUGGCUAAGAAGGUCUUCCAACAAUGGCGGCAUCGCAAGUAUGUCACUAUGGCCGAGACUAUUCUUCAAAACGCGGCGACCAUGAAGGAAGCACAGAUUCUCAGCCAACAAAUGGGCAAGCGGGUUGUCUUUCAGUUCUGCAUUGUUGACGUCGGCCACUGCGUUCCAUCAUCAUACGACCUUGUCAACAUGGGCAUCCCUGGUGAGGAGGAUGAUUGUCUCGAAAGCACUCCAAAGCCUUGCGUUGGCGUACGAGUGAUUGAUUUCAGAAAUGAAGUCGUCCAUCUCUGGUCAUUACAAAAGCUCCGACAACGCGUUCGCCGCAUGCAUCAGAUCAACCAGUACAUGAACAGACCGGAGUAUUUACAGCACUUCAACCCUGAAUCGCCAUUCUCAGAACCUUGCAUGCCGGAAUUCUCGCGGAUAGGCGAUGUUGACGUUCCCCUUGCUGCGGUUUUUGAAUCCAGAGUUCGAGAUUUCAAUCUUGAUGUCAUUUCGCCUUACACAUCCAACCCGAUCGGCAUAAUACAUCUGUCUCUAGAACCUUCGUCCGCCGAGGCUCCAUCCACGACGCUGAAGUUCAAUGUCGGUAUGCAUGAAUUUAUUGGCUUUCCUGAACGAGAGGGCACAAAGGUCCACGCUGUACUCUUCCUUCCUGGCAUAUCCGACGAAAGCGGCGCAACAACGACAACUUGGAUCACCGACUUCGACGAGGGGCCCGUGCGUUUCGAGAGUAUGCAUAGCAUGAGUGUGCCAUAUCCAAGUCCACGGGAUACUUACCUAAGGGUUUCGUUGUUCGCAAAGGUCACUGAGAUACAUCUCGACAAGUUGCUCAGCUGGGAUGAUAUGCGCGACACGGCAGACAAGCCGACACAGAAGCGCCGGACUGCGCGAUUGCCAGAGUCUGAGUUCUACACAGAGGACAACCACGACAUUUUUUCACGCGUCCAGAUCCAUGAGAUUACUGAUGAUGGCACAUACCAGCCUGUCGAAGUCACACAAAGCAGCAUUAUGGAUGCUGGUGUGUAUCAGCUGCAUCAAGGUCUAGCUCGCCGCAUUGUUGUGAAUCUGACCCACACUUCCGGGGAUACACUCCAAUGGCAAAACGUCACCUCCAUGCGUAUGGGUCGCAUCCGCCUCAUCGACGCAUCAGGCAACUCUCCUGGCAUCGACUCACCAGUGAAGGAGGUACCGAUUGAUUUGGUCGCACCGCCCGUCGUCAGAGACCACGCCGAUGGCACAUCCAACGUGAAGUUCGUGGGUCGGUGGGACAGUACUGCCCAUGGCUCGUUACUCCUGGAUCGUGCGACGCAAGACAAGUACCGUGUCCAAGCGACAUUGUUGUUCAAUGUCAAGUCGCCCAAGCUCGCACAACCUAUGCUCUUCUCGUUGGACCUAGGCAUGCAGAUUCGCAGCCGAACGUUCGUGCGACAAAACUCCCUCUUCGCUUUGGCAGCUCUAUGGAACCCAGUAAAGAUUGUCCACUCUACAGUCGGCAUCUUCAACGUUGCCAUUCGUCCCACUUCUGUCAAACGAGCGACCGACCUCUGGCGGAUGAAUACUCGCGAUGACUACAUCAAAGGCGAGGAGCAGCUCGCUGGCUGGACGCCUCGUGGCGUGUCUCUAGUCCGCGAUUUCAUCGACAUCGAGAAGCGUCGGCGUCGCAUCGCAGAGAUUGAAACCGCUCGAUCUGUUUUAUCUUCCAAGGCCCUCACGGUUCCCAACCUCGCCUCCACUGCCGAACUCAAUGAGGAUCAAAUCGCCCUACUGAAGCGUGUUGUAAGUCUCUGGCAAACCAAGAAAGCACCCGCCGAGAUCAUCCUCAAUCCCACAAACCUCGAACCACCAUCGAACGGCGCAGCAUUUGCACCGCGCUCCCCGUCACCAUCACCAGCUCCCGCGCCCAGUCUUACCGCCACUGUCCGCUUUGUGUCCAAAAACCCGACGCUCCUAAAAUCCUCAUACCUUCUCACUCCCGACCUCACCAAUACGCGCUGGAUCCGUCGCUUCGUCGAACUACGCAAGCCAUACAUGCACAUCUAUUCAACUGACGGCGAUGAAAUCAACGCCAUCAACGUCAGUACCGCGCGCGUCGACCACUCGCCGCAAAUUGCCAAGUUGCUGAACAGCAGCAGCGGAAGUCAAGGCCAGGGGCUGAAAGACACGAUUUUCGCCGUUUUCGCAAAGAGUAACACGUAUAUUUUCCGUGCAAGGAGUGAGCGCGAGAAGAUUGAGUGGAUUUUGAGAUUGGAUCAGAGCUAUUUUUCGAGCGAGGGGAGUGAGGAGAGUGCGUGA